CUCACGUGAUCGUGCUAGGGGAGAAAACGCCUGACCCCAGCCCCGGGGCCUUUCCCGUGCAAUCCCUUUCUUCCUGCAGGUCCUUCUCGUCUUGCCUUUCAGACACCUGCGCCUCCCUCCACUCGGUCCCGGGGCCGCCCCGGCGCCGUGUCCGCCAUGUGGCUCCUGCCUCUGGCCCCAACUGGGCCCCGGCGGGACAACCCCCGUCACCUGCCUUCCUGCAGCCCAGCGCUGCUGCUGCUGCUGCUGCUGGGCAGCUGCCUGGGGGUCUCUGGGGUGGCGGCGGGUUCUCGGAGGCCCAAUGUGGUGCUGCUCCUCACCGACGACCAGGACGAAGUGCUCGGCGGCAUGACACCACUAAAAAAAACCAAGGCUCUCAUUGGAGAAAUGGGGAUGACCUUCUCCAGUGCUUAUGUGCCAAGUGCUCUUUGCUGCCCAAGCAGAGCCAGUAUCUUGACGGGGAAGUAUCCACAUAAUCAUCACGUUGUUAACAACACUUUAGAGGGAAACUGCAGUAGUAAGUCUUGGCAGAAGAUCCAAGAACCAAAUACUUUCCCAGCAAUUCUCAGAUCAGUGUGUGGUUAUCAGACCUUUUUCGCAGGGAAGUACUUAAAUGAGUAUGGAGCCCCAGAUGCAGGUGGACUAGAGCAUGUUCCUCUGGGCUGGAGUUACUGGUACGCCUUGGAAAAGAAUUCUAAAUACUAUAAUUAUACCCUCUCUAUCAAUGGGAAGGCACGAAAGCAUGGUGAAAACUACAGUGUGGACUACCUGACAGAUGUUCUGGCUAAUAUCUCUUUGGGCUUCCUGGACUACAAAUCCAACUCUGAGCCAUUCUUCAUGAUGAUCUCCACACCAGCACCCCACUCGCCUUGGACAGCUGCACCUCAGUACCAAAAGACCUUCCAGAAUGUCUUUGCACCAAGAAAUAAGAACUUCAACAUCCAUGGAACGAACAAGCACUGGUUAAUUAGGCAAGCCAAGACCCCAAUGACUAAUUCUUCAAUACAGUUUUUAGAUAGUGCCUUUAGGAAAAGGUGGCAGACUUUAUUGUCAGUUGAUGACCUUGUGGAGAAACUAGUCAAGAGAUUGGAGUUCAACGGGGAACUUAACAACACAUACAUCUUUUAUACCUCAGACAAUGGCUAUCACACAGGACAGUUUUCUUUGCCAAUAGACAAAAGACAGCUGUAUGAGUUUGACAUCAAAGUUCCACUGUUGGUUCGAGGACCUGGGAUCAAACCAAAUCAGACAAGCAAGAUGCUCGUUGCCAACAUUGAUUUGGGUCCUACUAUUUUGGACAUUGCUGGAUAUAACCCAAAUAAGACACAGAUGGAUGGGAUGUCUUUAUUGCCCAUUUUGAGAGGUACCAGUAAUCUGACGUGGCGGUCUGAUGUCUUGGUGGAGUAUCAAGGAGAAGGCCGUAAUGUCACCGACCCAACAUGUCCUUCCCUGAGUCCCGGAGUAUCUCAAUGCUUCCCAGACUGUGUCUGUGAAGAUGCUUACAAUAACACCUAUGCCUGUGUGAGGACCAUGUCAACACAGUGGAAUUUACAGUAUUGUGAGUUUGACGACCAGGAGGUGUUUGUGGAAGUCUACAACCUGACUGCAGACCCAGACCAAAUCACGAACAUUGCUAAAAGUAUAGACCCAGAGCUUUUGGGGAAAAUGAACUACCGGCUAAUGAUGUUACAGUCCUGUUCUGGACCAACCUGUCGCACUCCAGGUGUUUUUGACCCGGGAUACAGGUUUGACCCUCGUCUCAUGUUCAACAAUCAUGCCAGUGUCAGGACUCGAAGGUUUUCAAAACAUCCUCUGUAGCGACCUCUGCAGUUGGGUCCCAGCACACCUCUGUCUGAUGAAGUGAUUGUAGUAGGUUUCUGUAGCUAGUCCUCAAGACCACGCCUUGAAGAGUUUCUGGACUGGCUCUAAGUCCUGUUUGAAAAAGCAACCCAAUCAGCUGACUUCCUUGUGCAAUGUGUUAAACUGUGAACUCCGCCCACACGUCAGGAAUGGCUGUCCCUUCAUUCACCUAAUAACGAAUGCUCCUGAGGUCUUUGUCCUCACCCACACCCUUUCUGUCCUGGGGUCACAGUUCUUGAUUAUUCCCCAUGUGGUCAUAGUCUGAAUUACUUGCUUGGGGGCAGAGGGUUGGUUUACAGCUUAACCACUUCACUAUCAAAAAUACCAACAUCACAUGGCUUGAAGAAUAACCCUCAGAGCUGAAUCAUCAGAGCAAGAACAAGUACCGCCAUUUUCAGAUUAGUAGAAAUACAGUGUGUAUAAUACCCAUCACAAUGUGAUAAGGUCACAAGUUCAAAACCUGUCAGCCAAGCACGGUUCGUGUUGUUUUGGUUUUUUUGUUGUUGUUGUUUUUUAUGCAUUCUGGGCUGAUGCAACACUUAAAUAGAACAGUUUUUGGUACAGGCUAAUAAUUCGAGGUAGUUCUAAAAGUGAAAGCCGUGGACUUCCUGGUGGCUGCUAACCACAUGGAGUACCAGUCAACAGAGGUAUCAAGGGAAUGUUUCUUCUCCUGAUAAUUACUCCUCUGAGAUCCCAAAAACAAAAUGGCUUAGGUAUCCUAUCCUAAUAUUUCUCAGUAGAGGAAAAGAACUUACAAGGGUUGGUGAAGGUUGCAUUUUCUGAGGGCCUUCUAUAGACGGGGCUCUUGGGUGGACAGGUUGAAGGGCUAUUGUUGGGAUUUAGUAAGUGCCUGUCUAGCAGGGAGCCUGGGUUUCAAUUUUGACUCUCUGCAUUUUGUGGACAUUGUGUUCAUUUGUUACAGUUUUUACAAAGUUCCAACUGCUUUACCUUACCUUGUUCCCUUUUAGAGAAGUUCUUCUGGAGGGUUUGGAGUCUUGCAUAAUUUGAGCCGCAUUCACUGUUCCCCCUGGCAAAGCCAGACCUUGUUGAGGUUUCCUGUAUAGAACACCUACAUUUGUAAGUUUCUGGGCUCAAAGACCAAUCCCGUUUCUACUGUUUUCUUCACAAGAAAGUUAUCUGUGGUGGGACAGCAGGGGGAGGAGGAAGAGCUGUGGUUUAUAACCUGUUCAACUCAGGCAUUAGUGAUUUUAGCUUUAUGUAAGGUCUUAGGUUGAGCUUUAAGCACUUUGUAAGACAUGGCUGUAAACAACUUCUCUAUCAACUCUAGAGAGCCAUGUUGGGUUAAUAGCCAUUGGGUUUUAUUCCUUUACCUCAUGCAAUCCCAGUAACUGUGGUGGUAUUUAGAGGUGAAAGAGGCAAGUGAAAGAACACCUCUGCUGUGAAUGUUUUAGGGAAAGAAAUUCUAAAUAUUUUGUAACUAAAAGCAAACUACACUGUUAAAUAUGGGUAUUAGCUUUAUUCUACACUUUGAUUCUUAACAUUAAUCAGUCAACUUCUACCUUAAUGAAAGUUGACCAUAGUUAUUCCCGAAUAAAAAGACACCAAUACUUA